AUGGCGCUCGAUCUGUCCAGCGGCUUCGCCGCCGCCGACGCUAUCGCCAACCUCCAGCUCGCCGACGCGACCCUCCCUAUCUUUGAGGUCUUGCCUGUCCAGCUUCAGUUCUCUGUUGCCGCCGACUUUGUGGCCGGCCAAGCUGCCAACAACGUCCUCGUCAUCGCUCUCUCCAACGGCAGGAUAUUGCGGAUCGAUCUCAACAAGCCAGAGGACAUCGACGACAUCGAUCUCCCCAAGAAGCCGUCAGAGGUAGGCGUCAUUCGGCGCAUGUUUCUGGACCCAACCGCCUCGCACCUCAUCAUUUGCACGUCCCUCGGCGAGAACUACUAUCUACACUCGCAGUCACGCCAGCCACGGCCGCUUGCCCGCCUGCGUGGCGUCGUAAUCGAAAGCAUUGCCUGGAGUCCUGCGCUUCCUACCCAGUCAACGCGCGAAAUCCUCAUUGGCGCCGCAGAUGGCAACAUCUACGAGGCCUACAUCGAGACCUCUACAGAGUUUUACCGCCGGGAGGACAAAUAUCUGAAGCUGGUGCAGAAGCUUCCGGAUGGUCCCAUUACCGGACUUUGGGCAGACUCGUUACCUGGCCACAAGGAUACGCGGCGCGUGUUGGUCGCUACCUCGAGCCGGCUCUUCCAUUGGGUUGGGAAGAUUGGUCGGGGGCAUGACAGUGGUGGUGGCGCAUCCAUUUAUGAUAAGUUGUUUGAAGCAGAGCAGCCCACAGUCCAUGCCUUGUCAGGCGCCUCGGCUGCGGCUAUGUCCAUGUUGGUUGUGUCUCCAGACGCAGAGCAGCCGUCACCCCGGUUCCGCGAGGAUGAAGUUCCUGAGCGCGCGUUUGCCUGGUUGUCAUCACACGGCGUGUACCAUGGGAAACUCCUCCUUAAAGGCCCUCUGUCUGAGCUAGGGGCCAAGGUCUUUGCCGAGGCCAAGCUGCUUCCGCGGGCUCAGCUGGCCAACCCCGAAGGGGCGUCCCGGAGGCAGCUAUCAACCGAGUAUGUUGAUGCAGUGGCGCUCACACAGUGGCAUAUCGUGAGCCUCGUUGCCGGUCGGGUCGUGAUUGCCAACCGGCUGACCGGAUCAAUUAUUUACGACCAGACCAUCCUGAACCCCGGCCAGAAAGCGGUUGGGCUUUGUGUGGAUCAGCAGAAGAGCACUUUUUGGCUGUUUACACCGCAGGAGAUCUUUGAGAUAGUCCCAAGGGAUGAGGACCGUGAUAUCUGGAAGAUUAUGUUGCAGCUGCAGCAGUUCGAUGCCGCCUUGCAAUAUGCGCACACGCCAGCCGAAAAAGAUGCUGUGGCCAUCGCGUCAGGGGACCAUCUUGUAAGCAAGGGACAAUUUCUCGAAGCUGCCGCCGUUUACGGCAAGAGCAGCAAGCCUUUUGAGGAGGUGGCGCUCACGUUCAUCGACAACGAACAACCAGAUGCCCUGCGCAAAUAUCUAUUAACUAAGUUGGGUACAUACAAAAAGUCAGCAGUCAUGCAGCGGGUGAUGAUAGCAACGUGGUUGAUUGAGGUGUUCAUGGCCAAGCUAAACUCGCUCGACGAUACCAUCAUAACAGGAGCAGAGCUCUCCGAGACGCUCAACCCGAAUCAGACCAAGGAGCAGCUGGAAGCUGUUCGUGCCGAGUUCCAGGAUUUCAUCAAUAAACACAAAGGGGAUCUCGACCGUAAGACAGUCUACGAUGUGAUUGGCAGCCACGGGAGGGAAGAGGAGCUUCUCUACUACGCUAACGCGAUCAACGAUUACAACUAUGUCCUUUCAUACUGGGUUCAGCGGGAACGCUGGACUGAGGCGCUGAAGGUGCUCAAGAAGCAGACGGAUCCCGAAGUCUUUUAUCGAUAUAGCAGCGUGCUUAUGACCCAUGCUGCCACUGAGCUAGUCGAGAUCCUCAUGCGUCAGAGCAAUCUCAAUCCGCGCAACCUCAUUCCGGCGAUGCUGGAGUACGACAGAAACUACAAGGGUCCGCUGGCCCAAAACCAGGCCGUUCGCUAUCUUCUGUACGUCGUCAACCAGCUUGGCUCAACCGACUCGGCGGUGCAUAAUACACUUGUCUCUAUCUAUGCAUCCCAUCCGUCCAAGGAUGAGUCUGCCCUGCUUGAAUAUCUCGAGUCCCAAGGAGAAGAGCCGAACUACGAUCCGGACUUUGCUCUACGCCUGUGCAUCCAGCACCGCCGCGUAUUGUCAUGCGCACAUAUCUACACCAGCAUGGGUCAGUACGGGGCGGCGGUGGAUCUGGCGCUAGCCCACGACGAGGUUGAGCUGGCGUCCAUUAUCGCCGAUAGGCCCAUUUCCAACCCACAGCUGCGGAAGAAGCUAUGGUUGAAGGUCGCCAAAAAGGUGAUAUCGCAGCAGUCAGAUGGCAUCAAGACGGCCAUUGACUUCCUGCGCCGGUGUGACCUGCUCAAGAUUGAGGAUUUGAUCCCCUUCUUCCCGGAUUUCGUGGUGAUUGAUGACUUUAAAGAAGAGAUUUGCGCGGCUCUGGAAGACUACAGCCGCAACAUCGACGCGCUGCGGCGCGAAAUGGACGAAGCGAGCCAGACGGCAGCCAACAUCAAGGUGGAUAUCGCAGCGCUCGACAAGCGGUACGCGAUAGUCGAGCCCGGUGAGAAGUGCUAUGCCUGUGGACUGCCGCUGCUGAGCAGGCAGUUUUUCGUGUUUCCCUGCCAGCACGCAUUCCAUUCAGACUGUCUGGCCAGGAGAGUGUUGGAGCAGGCCCCGCCUGCGAAAGCAAGGAGAAUCAAGGAGUGUCAGGUGCAGAUUAGUAAGGGCUUGGUCAAUGGGGAGAAGAGGGAGGCGAUGAUUGCGGAGUUGGAUGCUCUGAUUGCUUCUGCUUGUGAUUACGCUAUUCGGAGGAUCAAUGAGCCGUUCAUCAAGGAUGAUGACGAUAAGGACGAAUGGGCGCUUUAG